CAGACAAAGCGACUUGCACAUUUUUGUUUUUUCUCUGCACACCGGCUGCGCUGGACUAAAGCAAAUUCUUCAGCUCACGGUAAACUGUUGGAAAAAUGAGUCUUAAUUUCGGAGAAAUUGUGGAACCAUCCACCCGUGCUUUCUGGGAUGACUACGAUGAAGGGGACGAAGAUCUGGCCCCGCUACAACCCCUCGAAUGGGAAUGGCUGAACGAGGAUAACGUUGAGCAAAAGUUGGACAACAUCAAACGACUGCUUAUACUCGAAGGACCGGGCAUUUCCGGUUUCGCCGGGACCGCCGUGCUGAAAGGAAGAUCUCCCAUUUGCCAGCUCAACAGUGGAACGGUCAGUAUUUACUACGACGCAGAAAAGGGUUCGUUGGUGUGCGUGUCGGAGGAAAAGGAUCUGAACGCGUUCGGAAGGAUAACCGAGAAGCUGGCCAAAUGGUUGGAAGUGGCCGACGAGGUGGUGGCAGUUUCGUUCCAACCUUCGGUGAUGCACAAGGGAACAUCCGGCAGCGAUGCAGAAGAGGUGUGCUUCAUUCGAAGCAUCAACGGGCAGUUGAGUCAGAUUCCAAAACUGGACGCUCCGAACGUUGUGACGGGAUUGGCUGGUGGGGCUUUGAGCUACCGGAAAUUCAAGGAUCAAACGGCAUCGGUUUACGUGUGCUAUCUGGACUCGUGCGUGUUGGAUUCAAUUUCGGCCAAACCGAUCCUUCGAUUGCUGAAAGCAUUGUCCGUGGAGUGUGACGAUUCCUACCAGCUUAAGUUUAAGACCAGCUCUAACUUGUACUUGUGAAUAAAGAUAUGUAUGUUCUGUAA